UUAUCUUAAUCGAAGUAACCAGUUGGCGACCUUGCUACCGGUCAAAAUGGCAGCACGAAGAGCAGCUAAGCAAGCGAUUAACUGGGUUGCUCUGGAAAACAGAGUGCCAGAAGCUCAGAAAGACGCAUUUAGAGUAUUUAGAACACAUUACGAUAAAUAUGCCUUGAAAGUAUCUGAGCUUCCCAAUGAGCUGCCACAGAUUGACUUUGAGGCUUACAAAAGCAAGAUUACCAACAAAGCCAUGCUUGCUGAAUUUGAGAAAAUGUAUUCUGCUCUGAAAAUUCCAUAUCCAACAGACGUGUCAAAUGUGAAGGGUACUAUUGAAAAACAGGAGAAGGAAAGUGUGGAGAUGGUGAAGAAAUAUGUGGCUGAGCAAGAAGUGAAACUGUCAGAAAUCAAGGAGAUUCUGGACAUCAUUGGCACGGUACCUCCCCCAGAGAAGAUGAGUAAGCAGAUGUUCUACCACUACUUCCCCAACAUGGCUAGGAACCCUAACUUCCGCAACCCAGGAUUCCAGCCAUUCGACGAUCCUGAUUCUCAGAUUGACUCUCUCAACGAGCCCCGCUACAACACCAUCGAUGAAAGAAUCUUGUGGCGUACACCGAUGGAAAGGGAGGCUGAUGAUGAGGCGAAGUAUCGACCUCUCAUUGAGGCCAAGAAGGCCAAGGAAGCUCUGGCUGCAAAGGGUGAGGACAGCGCAGAGGUAGCCAAGAAGAAGUGAUUACAGUCACUUAUAGGCAAUUAAUAACAGAAUAACAGUUAUGCGGAUUUGUACUUCUCUUGAUUUAUUGCGUGUUGUAUAAAUAUUUGUUUGAGACCUGUACCUAGUGAUAGAGACAUCUACCAAUAGUAUAGCCCAAAAGUGCUGACAUUAGCUAAAAAGAGAUAAGGUAAUGUUUGAAAUCACUUGUUUGAAAAAAGUGGUGGCACUGAAUAAAAAUGUAAGAUUGUU